UCUGUGGAGGGAGUUUUUUCCAAGAUCUGUGCUUAUAAAUAUGAAUGAAGAACAGCAGGAUUCGGAACAAGAAUCUCAAGCCCGAUUCAAUUAUGACAGAUGCGAGAAAGAUGAAAAGCAAAAGAGAAGAAAUAGUGACAGAUCACAUUCUUCAGAUCGCUCAAUAUGCGGCCGCCAUUAAGCUGGAUCAAACUGUAACAGAACGCGCUCAGACAAUUUAUAGAGAUUUAUCUGAGAAAACAGUGGUGAGGAAAGUUAAAAUGUGCGCCCUUCACCUCGCUUGCAUCUACAUCGCCGCGAAACAACUUCACAGAAUGAAGACAAUGGAGGAAUUAGCAGCGUCUGUUAAAGAUUUUCAGAUUGUGAGCAAAGCUGACAUUUAUAGGGCAAUGAGAUACAUUAAAAAAUAUACACCAGAGGCCACUUUUGCUACCAAUUUAUCAGUCGGCAGCUGCUCUUCUGCUGAUGAGGAGAAAGAAAUUGAUAAAUUUGUUGGCAGCGAGUCGGUUAGGGCUUAUCUGGCUCACCUUUCACAGCUUCUGAAAUCUUCAAAUUUGGUGGACUGUGAGAUGAUUAACUGUGCAGAGAAAAUGGCGGCCGAGGCGGCUCAAAAUUUGGGGGUUUGUACUACGAGAGCCGGGCCUCACACUCAGGCAGCGACUUUGCUGUGGAUUUGUUCGCAUUUUGUUGAGAAGAAAGAAGCAGUGGAUGUAAAUUUGGUGGCUCAGCAUUCUGUGGGAAAAUACACCAUUCGUAACGCUUUCUAUGAUAUGCUUCCUCAUUUGCCGGCUUUGGUUCCGCAGAAUUUGCUUUCUAAAGAUGUUUUGGAGAAGCUUCAAGCUACCUGGGCUGGAUGCCGCCAUCACUUACCUUGAAAUGGAAAUUUUGUGUUUCUUUAAGCGGAUUUUAGGAGGAAUUCAAAGAUGGAUUUCCAACUUCAGUACAUCAAGGGUCAAAUUGACCGGCUGCUCAAAACUAAUAAAAUAUUUCUAGCUCAAGAUCUUUGGCAUCUCUUGCAAACAUAUUGGUGUUGCUGGUCUAUUCUUUUACUGUUCAUGCUACUGUGCUAUUUUGGGAUUUGUAAGUCUGUAUUUUUUGGUCUGCUCUUCAUGAUCAGCACAUUUAUGAGACUGCUUAUUAGUUGCUGUAAUGUUUAAGACAGAUUUCAUUGUGAACUUUUUGAUAGUUUUUUUGACGAUCUUAAUCAAACUGAUUUACUGCAUUUUCUUGAAUUGUUUAUGGUUAAAAGUCA